AUGCUGACACUUUUGGAACCACCCGGUGGUAAACGUGUGCAGGCGCUUGCCAAUCGUUCUGCACAACAUCUGCUCAGGCUAAAUCCAGAAGAUGAAGAGUACUUCGAUACUACCGACUACGAUUCUCCGAAUGAAAUUAUUUCUAGCAGUAAUGCUUUCAAACGCUUUUUGGACAAAUAUCUUGUGUGGAAGUCAAGUUCAGACGAGUACAAUGAUCGUUGGAAACGCGAGUUUCUGAAACAACCGUCAUGGUGCGAUGCUGACCUUUGUCUGCAGCAAAUCAAAAGAGUAGAACGCGAGUUUGUUGCUUUGUUGACAGGUCUGUAA